AAGCGGAUUGUUUGGAAUGGUCAGAUGGACCGAUGGAGACACAGGAUGGCAAUCCGGACCUCUGAAAACCUGGACAUGUGAGCGAAUAUUAUUUUCAACAAAAUUCACUUUUGGUAGAGUGUGCUGUGGCUGUAUAAGGGGCAGCAGUCAUGCCGCUGGUGAAGAGAAACAUUGAGCCCAGGCACCUGUGCCGCGGGGUGCUACCGGAGGGCAUCGGCAGCGAGCUGGAUUGUGUGAUGAACAACACACUCUCUGCCAUCAUACGCCAACUCAGCAGUCUCAGUAAACAUGCUGAAGACAUAUUCGGAGAGCUCUUCAAUGAGGCAAAUAUGUUCUAUUUGCGGACGAACUCUCUGCAGGAUCGGAUUGACCGUCUUGCCAUCAAGGUCACCCAGCUGGACUCAACGGUUGAGGAGGGUGAGUGUAAUCAAUCUCUCUCUCUCUCUCUCUCUCUUAAAAGCUCCACGAUACAGGACCAGCAGGUGGUGUCUAAGAGCAGCGUACCAAACCCAGUGAUGGAGAUGUACAACUUGAGUGAUAAACCACCUCCUCUUAAUAUUCUCUCACCCUACAGAGAUGAUGAUAAAGAAGGGCUGAAGUUCUACACUGACCCCUCCUACUUCUUUGACCUGUGGAAGGAGAAGAUGCUACAGGACACAGAAGACAAGAGGAAAGAGAAGAGACGACAGAAGGAGCAGAGGCGAUGUGUGGACGGCACGCUGCAGAGAGAGGUGAAGAAGGUGCGUAAAGCAAGAAACCGCAGACAGGAAUGGAACAUGAUGGCCUUCGAUAAAGAACUGAGACCUGACCAUCGACAUUCCCACACUGUGCACAGAGGAGGCUCCACGGAGGGCACCAUGUCCCCAGAGCACAGGUCUCAUGGAGAUCAUGCAGAUCAUGGUUAUCUCUCCAUGGCCAACCAUGCUGGUCACGCCCACACUUACUCAGGGCCUCCACCCAGUAUGGCGGCCCUGUCAGCUCAUAGCCACAUGACCAUGGAGCAGGAUUACCGGGGAGGGUCUAUGGCUUACCGUUCUGGCACACUGGGUCGUCCGCACCAUGCUCCGCCUCCUCCACCAGCAUCAAACACAAUUAAUGGCUCUGUGACCCUCCCACCUGUCGACUACAGUGUGGAUUACAUGAAUUCUGGGCCGCUGCCUCCACCACCAGCCAUUAUCCCAUCAGCGCAAACUGCUUUUGCUAUGGGACCGGUCCCACCUCCAGGCCAUCUAGGACCAAUGGGAGCAGUUGCUGGCUAUGCCCCACCCAUUCCACCUACCUCUGGACCAAUGGCUGCCCCUCCUCCACCAGUAGCCCCCACCCCUCCUCCCAGUGCAGCCCAAUCCAUCACUCCCAAACGACCCUCUGUGCCUAAUGAGGCCCAGCCUACAAAUGAUGUCCGCAGUGACCUGCUGGCAGCUAUAAGAAUGGGUAUCCAGCUGAAAAAAGUUCAGGAGCAGCAGGAGCAGCAGGCGAAACGUGAGCCGGUGGGCAAUGACGUCGCAACUAUCUUGUCUCGCCGCAUCGCUGUGGAAUACAGUGACUCUGAGGACGAAUCUGAGCUUGAGGACAAUGACUGGUCUGACUAAAACAA